UUGUCUUUCUAGCUAUGACAUGGUGCACUAUGGCCACUCGAACCAGCUACGCCAGGCUCGGGCCAUGGGAGAUUAUCUGAUUGUUGGAGUCCACACAGAUGAGGAGAUUGCCAAGCACAAGGGCCCCCCUGUCUUUACGCAGGAGGAGAGAUACAAAAUGGUGCAAGCCAUCAAAUGGGUGGAUGAGAUUGCUCCAGGAGCUCCCUAUGUCACCACACUGGAAACCCUGGACAAAUAUAACUGUGACUUCUGUGUGCACGGUGAUGACAUCACUUUAACGAUAGAUGGCAAGGAUACCUAUGAGGAAGUGAAGACAGCGGGGCGAUACAGGGAAUGCAAACGCACCCAAGGUGUGUCCACUACCGACCUCGUUGGCCGCAUGCUGCUCAUGACUAAGGCUCACCACAGCAACAUAGAUGAGGACCUAGACUAUCGGAAGCACACUGACAACUUUGGGAAGGGGCCAAAAGGUCACAGUCCCUGGACUGGUGUCUCGCAGUUCCUACAGACGUCUCAGAAGAUCAUCCAGUUUGCAUCAGGGAAAGAACCACAGCCAGGAGACACUAUCAUCUACGUGGCCGGAGCCUUCGACCUGUUCCAUACUGGGCAUGUAGAUUUCCUGGAGAAGGUUCACCAGCUGGCAGAGAAACCCUACAUCAUUGCUGGGCUGCACUUUGAUCAGGAAGUAAAUCGCUACAAAGGGAAGAACUAUCCCAUCAUGAACAUCCAUGAAAGAACACUCAGUGUCUUGGCCUGUAGGUAUGUCUCGGAAGUGGUGAUUGGAGCCCCCUACGCUGUCACUGCUGAUCUGCUGGAUCACUUCAGGGUAGCACUUGUGUGUCAUGGGAUGACUGAGGUGGUGCCAGACAAGGAUGGUUCUGAUCCAUAUGAGGAACCGAAGAGACGUGGAAUUUUCCAGCUGGUGGACAGUGGCAGCAAUCUCACCACAGAUUUAAUUGUGCAAAGAAUCAUCAAGAACAGGCUGGAGUUUGAAGCUAGGAACCAGAAGAAGGAAGCAAAAGAACUGGCUGUGUUGGAGGCCAUGAAGAGACUGGAAGAGGAGAAGCACUAGGCCAGCAGAGAGCCGAUGCGUGGGUCGCAGAGCGCUGCAGCCUCACCCUUUUGAGGAGCAGACAGCUCUUUGAGAGGGGACCUCUGAAUGGGGACACUGCUGCGGGCAUGCAGGAUGUGCUGCCCUACCCUCAUCUGUCCUAGCUCCUCCUGCACUAAUUAUGCAGACAUAACGAGUUGGGAUCCUGCUGCCUAGUUUUUCCCCCGUUAAUCAGCCCCCAUCCCAGGAGGAGAUUUGACAAAAGAAAACAAAAAUGUUUUAAUUGUAACUAAUGUUUUAACAUGUUGAUGUGCUUUUACCUUCUGCCAUUUCUGGCUUUUAGUAGGAGGGAAAUGGUGCAGCUGCCAGGCCCCCUCUGCCCCUCCAGGUUUGGCUUUCCUGAACGGAGUCUGUGUUCCAGAGCAGCCCUUC